GGAAGAGGAGGAGAAUGAGGAUGAGGAGGAGGAAGAGGAGGAGAAGGAAGAGGAACGAGCCAAGUCGCUUCCUCUUUCGCGACGCACACGAGCUCGUGGCGCUUUCCGUUCCGUGCCGUUCCAUUUCCUUCCGUUCCGUUCCAUUCCGUUCCGUUCCGUUCCCCUCGGCCAUCCUACGUCUUCCAGUCUUUUACUCUCCUCCGGAGAGCGGAAUAUAGAUUCCGUACGCGUAACGCGUUACACGCGUCGGACCGCGGCUUCGAGAGAGACGCCGAACCUCGCGACGCAAGAGCACGUAUCUCGAAUCUACCCUUUCGACGCUUCUUCACCCUCUUCCGUUGUACCGACCAAAGAGCACGACUCGACUGACGCAUAUUUCGCGGGUGUAUAAAGGGCGGACGUGCUUUUCUUUUUUUUUUCCCCUCAUUUCGAGAUCCUCGAUGAACAAUAUAAUUCGUUAAUCUUUCAUAAUAGUCCAUUUGAACGAAUGACAUCUCGAUGACAUUUCGAACGUAAUCGUUCCAGAAAGAAGAGGAAGAAAAGGAUAAGAAGAAGACAGCACGGUAAUGCAACUGAUUACGUGGAUAGCCCGAGAAAUCGCGAUUAAAAGGGAGCACCUACUAGUUAGUUGGUGCAGCUAUUUACUUUUUGAAGGAUCCUUCGGCUUGAAAUGAUUCUAAAGUGCAACUCUACCACGACCAGGAAGAUCUCGGUAGACGGUGGUGAGCGCUCGAGGAGGGGUAGUGCGCGUUGGAGGUGAAGCGAAACGACCAAAGAUUUUCCUCUCGAAUUUCCGACGUUUGUAUAUGUAUAUAUAUAUAUAUAUAUAUAGAUAUAUAUAUAUAGUAUAUACCUAUAUAUAUAUAUACACACACACAUAUAUAUACAUACAUACAUAUAUAUAUACAUAUAGCGGAUAUCUCGUUCGAAAUUUUGCGCGCGAUAAACGAACGAUGCUGAAUUUUUCUUUUGCAAGAAGAUCGGUAAAGGAGAUAGAAAGAAAUUUGUUCGAUCCUAUCAAAAAUAAUAUCAAAUACGAGCGAUCCAGCGCUUACGAUCUAGCGUGAACGAUAAUGCUCGCUUUUCGCUUACUUUAUACCGCACGAUACGCUAACGUUUUACGUACGGUGAUGGUUCUUUCGUGCGCGUCGAUCGAUCGUAACUCGCUGCCGCUGCUACGAGGACUCGUCGCGUGAAAUUCUCUCUUCGUUUGACCCUCGAAGCAACGUGUCUUAUCCCCUAGAUCGAGAUAUAUCGGUUAUAGUAUAGAAGGACCGAGAGAAACGACCAAGAGAUAGAAAUAGAGAUAGAGAGAGAGAGAGAGAGAGAGAGAAAGAGAGAGAAGUAGGAAGAGGAAGAGGUGGAGGAGGAGGAGGAGGAGGAGGAGGAGGAGGAGAAGGCAGAAGAGAAUCAAUCGAGAACACAGUCGGGUCUGUCCAAAAUCGGCGGAAUAAUGUUUCUGCGUAUCGACAGGAUCGUGCGCUCGGGGAUCUUGUUUCUGUUGUGCAUCGGCUCGAGCUUUCAGCAGGAGGAGGAUAUACCCCAUAACGAAGUAAAAAACUGGGCCUUGAAAUUUGGAGUGGAUCUAUGGGAAUUUGGUAAGCAAGUGACCAAAAUGACCGAAAUACAAAAGAAUUAUUACAAAGUCGAGGCGAAUCUUAUUAAAAGGGACGGCUUGGUACUGGUAAGAGAAAUGGCUGCUGAAGUUAAAAAUAUGAUGGACUUUAAAAUGAACGCUGUAAUGAGGCUAAUGGAAAGUGCCGAACAGGCCGCAGUUUCUGCGCCAAGAGACGGUAACGUGUCACCUAAGUAUCAUUCUUCCCAUCGUUCGAAUCUUUUUAUGGGAGAUGGCAAAGGUUCCUCCGAUUCUCGUGAAGUAUAUCUAAGCAUGAAUCGUCAUUUCGAUCGGCUAGCAGUCAAUGUCAGUUUAUCGUCGGUUCUCAUGCCAGCUGGAAUACAAGAGACAGAAAGCGACGUUGCUGCGGGCAUUCAAUGGAGCGAAUACUUGGAUCCUCUUUUCGUCAAUAAUUACGAAAGCGAUCCUUCGUUAUCUUGGCAGUACUACGGCGCUACCUCGGGAUUUUUAAGACGCUUUCCUGCCAUAACGUGGCCACCGAUGGAAUUUGGCACGAACAAGUCACCGUCAGUUUCCUCGAAUCGUGUUUAUCGCGACGUGUACGACUUCAGGACUUCUAAUUGGUUCGUCGGUGCUGCGAAUAGUCCAAAAGAUUUGGCAAUUUUAAUAGACACCAUGGGAUACGAUAGCGAGAGGAAUCAACGAUUAAUAAGUGCCACUACAAAGGCGAUAUUGGACACGUUAGGUCCCGACGAUUACGUGAACGUUUACCGAUAUGGCGAAACGGCCGAGGAAAUCGUACAGUGUUUCAAGGACAGCUUAGCCCAGGCCUCGCCAGAGAACAUACACGAGCUCAAGCUCGCAACGAAUACAUUGAAACGCGAGGAAACGACAAAGAAUAUAUCGGCGGCCUUGAGUACGGCCUUUGAAAUACUUCAAAAGUACAACAGAACCAGUCAGGGUAGUCAAUGUAAUCAGGCGAUAAUCUUGAUAACGACUGACAACGAAGGUCCUCCAAAGGAAGUGAUCAAAAGGUAUAACUGGCCGCACAUGCCAGUCAGAUUAUUUACUUACCUCGUUGGCGGUGACAAGAGUCCGGAACUCUUUGACAUGGCAUGCAACAACAAAGGGUAUUAUGCGAGAAUUACCAAGCCGGAGGAGAUUAAAAGUAAAGUUUUCGAAUAUGUAAAGGUACUCGCCCGACCUAUGGUCCUUUAUCAGCACGAUCAUCCUAUACACUGGAGUCCGGCUUACAUCGGUGGAAAGAGCGGUAGAUACGGCAGGGAAAAUCGUGGACAGCUGAUGACGUCCGUCACUGCUCCGAUUUUGGAUCGUCGAAAUCAUACGUUGAAAAGGGCUAAUUUAUUGGGCGUCGUUGGUACCGACGUUCCCGUCGAAGAAAUUCAAAAACUCGUCCCACCUUCCAAAUUGGGAGUCAAUGGAUACUCCUUUAUUGUCGACAAUAAUGGCCGUGUCUUGUAUCAUCCGGAUCUGCGUCCGUUGCCAGGAAAUGCAGAUUACGAGGAGACACUGAAACCUACGUAUAUUAGCGUAGACCUAUCGGAAGUCGAACUAGCCGAAUACGACGGACCCUCGCACUCUUUGAACAAUUCUCUUCUUUUAGAUUUGAGGCACGAUAUGAUCGAUCAGAAGGAAGGGGAGACUGGCUUUGCUGUGAAAAUUCAUUACGAUGACAUGAAAAGAGUGACUAUCAGACGACACAAUUAUUUUUACAAGCCGAUCGAGGGUACGCCGUUUUCAUUAGGUUUGGCUUUACCCGAAGGGUAUGGCAUGUUCGAACUCCUUGCCGAACAAGAGAUCAAGCACACGAUAGUCGAUGUGACGGAAUACUUUAAAGGUAAUAAUUGGAAAGUACAUCCAGAUUGGGUGUACUGUGAAUAUAAUUCGGCAUCGGACAAGUUGUUCUCUUCCCCGGAGGAACGCGUUUUGCACUUUUUAUCACGCACGCGAAAACCCGGGUGGAAGUGGAUGUCCUUGAGACCAAGGAGUCCAAGCUCGCACCAUAAACAGGCGAGCAAGCCGGACAAGGACGCUUAUUAUUGUGAUAAGAGAUUACUUCAGUCUUUAGUUUUGGACGCAUUGGUAACGGAUGGGUUUGAUAAAAGAAGAAGUUCGAUGCACAAAGAAGAGAAUCCAAACCCUAUUGCCAUACUGAUGGCUCUACUGCACAGCCAAGGGAAAGGUAGAUUCGGGGUUACGAGAAGCUUCAUCGCAACUAGAAGCGGACUUUUUCGUUGGCACGAACAUCAACAGAGCGAUGAGACCGCAGAGGAGCCUUGGUUUCCCGAACAACAAGCAAGAGCUAUGGAAUCGUCUUGGUACAAACGUGCCGUCGAUCAACACUCGAUAGAGCCAGAAAGUUUCGUUUUUAGCGUUCCAUUCGAUGCCGCCGAAAGACCGAAUCCUCUGGUUACCGCGACACACGCUAUCUUCAUUGGAAAAGGACAUAAAGCUCCGGCUGCAGUGGUAGGAUUGCAAUUUCAACAUUCCUCAUUGGCGUCGCAUUUCGUUAACAUAACUUCAACGUGUACAGGAAUGUCUGGCUGCAAAAAGAACUGUGCGUCGGAGGAACUCGACUGUUACAUACUCGACAAUAGUGGAUUUAUCGUUAUAAGCGAGAGACACGAACAUACCGGGAAAUUUUUCGGCGAGAUAGAUGGUACCAUAAUGGAUUCCUUGGUACAAGAUAGGAUAUACAGGAAGGUAACAGUUAUCGAUUAUCAGGGAACGUGCAGCCCUCAAGAAAGUCACCGUUCGUCAGCACCAAGAACCACAUCGGCAUCUAUUUUAAAAGGCACCGCGCUUAUCGGCAAUUUCAUUUGGAAUCUUUUUGUCAGCUUCAACGUUCAAGAUAUUUGGCGUACUGUAGUGGCCUUUGCCAAGGAUGCGGCACAUUCCAUGCAAAACGAUGACGAUCUGAUAUUUUCUGACACCGACGUUGAAACCGAUCCCAAUAACAACGGUGCCGACGAACUAGCUGAACUUCACAAUUUGGAGUCGAUAGCACCGGCGGAAUCAACCGCUGGAUCUGUACCAGGAAAAGAACACUUUUCGGAAAUACCAGUCGCACCUCCGAUACCCGUUUCACCACCGACUACUCGUGCCACGUCCGCCCAUUUUCCACCGCGCAAAUUAAGGUCUUGCGAAAAGAAGACGGAUCUUUAUAUCUUACAGCCUGAAAGACUCAAUACCAGCGGCCAAAGUAAUCCGCUUAAAGGAAAACUCACGAAUUGCCAUGUUACAGGAUGCGAAAGGCCUUUCAGCGUGCAAAAAAUACAUCACACGAAUUUGAUUCUCUUGGUGGUAGACACAUUGUGUCCCUGUGGUAACAAACAACUCAGCAUCGAGCCGAUCGAAGCUAUGACUGAACCAGGAGCGUGUACAGCGAGAAGAGAACGGCUCUAUCGGAGAAGACCGCCAAAGUGUAUAAAUUAUCAUCCGGAGGAAAUGGAGAUAAAGAUUUGCGGUGGUGCAUCAACGCAAUUCAGUCGAUCGACCCUGGUCGUGCUUCUGUUAACCAUCUUCGUCGUUAGGUUGGCGUGAUUCUCCACUCGUUAACGGUGAUCCACUCGCAAGCGAACACGCACGCACACGCUAUUAUAAGGCGCGUACGCAUUUACGAAUUGACCUUUCUAAACGGAUCUAGCGUUUGCCCCUUUCUACUUAAGAAAAAGAAAAAGAAAAAAAAACAAAAAAGAAAAAAAGAAAAAAAAUAUGGUUGUCUAAGCAAGUUAUAUACGAGCGGUCUACUCUGCCUUUUUUCCUUCAAAAAUCCUUUUUUCGUCUCUGGCUCUUUCUCUCUCUCGUAUCGAAUCCAUCGUCGCACGAAUAACGAUUUCUCUCUAUUACUUCCGAUCUAUUCGAAGCUUUUGCACGUUUUUCUAACUCGAGUUUUUUUUUCUUUUUUGCUUUAAAUCGUCUCUCAUUUCUAGAUUAAAGAUAUCGGAUGUAAAAUCAAGAAUUGGCAAAAGAGUAAUAUGCAAACAAAUGAUAUAUAUGCGAUCGAUCUGACAUACGAUCAAGGCUUCCACGUUAUAUAGUUUUUUUCUUUUUCUUUUCUGGUCAGAAAAUCUUUUACGAUCUACGAAUUCCUUUUUCUAACGAAGAGUCGCGAGGACGAUUUAUUUCAUGUCUCUGGUUCCGUCCCUAAAAAGUAAUUGUUACGACAGUCGAUGUAAUUUACUUAACUAUGGUACAUCCAUAAAUCUUUUCCUUCAGAAAUGAGAUACUACAACUUGAAAGCGAUCUAUCUUAAUGAAAGAACAUCGAAUCGGUUUAAAUGAUUUCCGACCAUUAAAGCCUUGUCGCGUGAAAAUGAAGUUUUACUUUGAAGGGAAAUAAAAAAUUAAAAAAAAAAAAAAAACGAUAAAAAAAAGAAAAAAAAAGGUUACGAAAAUAU